AUGAAGAGCUUUAUGGUAUUGGCAGCGCUGGUGGCCGUAGCUUCCGGUGAUAUCGGGAUAGAUCUGGGUUCCGGUUAUCAGUAUGGUAAACCUAGCAGAAGUUACAUCCCCGUGAGUCCGGUGGGGUUGCAUAAUAGGCACGCAGGGGACGGCACCUAUUCCCCGGCAAACACGCACUACACCACCACUUACACCAUAGGAAAUACCGCUGGUAACUACAAGGGGUACACCACCACGACUCAUCAUCUUUACACGACGAUCGUGGAGCCCAGUUUCCCUGUUUACCUCCAUCAUCAACAACAACAACAGCAGCAGCUGCAGCAGCAGCAGCACACCGUUUCACCGUUGCCGACUGUUGUGCACCAAAAGUUCUUCUUCGACGCUCCCGAAGAUCUGGGUGAGACGCACGUGCGCAUCCACGUGCAGCCGGCCGCCGUCGCCGCUCAGAAAUCCAUCUUCAUCAAGGCCCCAACCUCGAAGGUAGUGUCGCACGUCGACGUGCCGCAGCCGCAACCUGCCGAAAAGACCAAGGUCUACGUGCUGGUGAAGAAACCCGAGGAGCAGCAGGACAUCGUCGUCCCGGCCGCCGUCCCAGCACCAGCCGCUCAACCCGAAGUCUUCUUCGUCAAGUACAAGAACCAGCACGAGGCCGAGCAGAAGAUCCAGGACAUCCAGGAGGGCGCCAACCUCGGAGGACAAUCCGCGAAGAAGGUGCACAGCGAUCACGAACUGAUCAGCUCCAUCAAGGACGGCGUCGACGCUCAUGUUCACCAUGGCAACGACUUUGGCGUCGUCGUUAACAGCGUCGGCGGCAUCCAUCCGAUCGCAGGCGGCAUCGGCACCAACGUGGUCACCAUUUCCGGACCGACCAUCAAUUCUGGAGAAGGAAUCGUCUCCUCCACCACCAUAAAAUAUGGUCCAGCCGGAGAGAGCGGCCCCUAUUAA